CCUAUGACAGUACAGUAAAUACUAUGAGCUCUGCCUCUCUCGAGCUGCAGCGAUCACAGCGAAGGAGGAAAAAAAAAGACGAUGAGCUAUAAAAACGAUCGUCGGUGCUGAAGAAUUGUUUUGUCGGUGACUCUCCCGCUGAGGCUCACGCUUGUCCGGAGGUUUGUCCUGUAGCCAAACGGGGGUAACUGUGUCAGAGGUAGGGGGACACGCGGAGGACAGUCGGCCUCACUGCAGCGUGAUUCACCGGAGACUCGCCCCACAGCCGUCGCCGUCAGAGCCGCCGUCAGCGCCUCUUCAUCGACGCCGUUGGCCCGUAGGACGGUCGCAUCCUCUCGGCCCGUGUGUGGCCCCUCUGCCGCGGCCCCUGUGUGCGCUGCUCGCAGAGCAUGUUCAACGAUGAGCCAACGGGACACACUGGUUCAUCUGUUCGCCGGAGGAUGUGGAGGUACUGUGGGGGCUAUUUUGACUUGUCCCCUGGAGGUGGUGAAAACCCGACUACAGUCCUCCUCCGUCACCUUCUACAUCUCUGAAGUGCACCUCAACACCGUCAAUGGAGCCAGUGUGGCCCGUGUCGCUCCCCCAGGGCCUCUGCACUGUCUCAAGUUAAUUCUAGAAAAAGAAGGGCCCCGUUCACUCUUCAGAGGACUGGGACCCAACCUUGUGGGUGUGGCACCUUCCAGGGCGAUCUACUUUGCGGCCUAUUCAACAGCCAAGGAGAAGCUGAAUGGCAUACUGGAGCCAGACUCUACCCAGGUGCACAUGGUGUCUGCUGGUUUGGCAGGGUUCACCGCCAUCACAGCCACCAACCCCAUCUGGCUGAUAAAGACACGUCUGCAGCUGGAUGCCAGAAACCGGGGUGAGCGGCCAAUGAAUGCGUUUGAGUGCGUGCGGCGGGUUUACCAGAUGGACGGCCUGCGAGGCUUUUACCGGGGCAUGUCAGCCUCAUACGCUGGCAUCUCAGAGACUGUUGUCCAUUUUGUCAUCUAUGAGAGCAUCAAACGUAAACUGCUGGAGUACAAGGCCCACACCAGCAUGGACGAAGAGGAAGAGUCGGUCAAAGAUGCCUCAGACUUUGUGGGCAUGAUGCUCGCUGCAGCCACCUCCAAGACCUGUGCCACCUCCAUAGCCUACCCUCAUGAAGUGAUACGAACGCGGCUACGAGAAGAGGGCAGCAAGUAUCGCUCCUUCUUCCAAACUCUGCUCACGGUACCAAAGGAGGAGGGAUACCGGGCGCUGUACCGCGGCCUGACCACCCACCUCGUCAGACAAAUCCCCAACACUGCCAUCAUGAUGUGCACCUAUGAGGUGGUACUGUACCUGUUGGGCCGUUAGCCACCGGGCACGUGUCCUUCCUGUUUAAAGAGGGAGACGGUUUGCAAAUGACUGAGAAGGAUGCCCUUUGGCAAAAUGAAGACCAAAGGAAAACCGAAGAAACUCUAGUGGACCAGGAGAGGACAUGUGGAAAUCACAUGAAGACCAAGGGUGGGGAAAAAAAUAGUUAUCAUAUCAGCAUCACCACCCCCAGUUCCCUUCAUCAGGCUGCUGGAAUAGAGAGGGCGCCAUAGGUUACAGAAGCGGUAAUAAGAGUGGGGACAAGAGAGUGAAGGACACAGACAAAAACACAAGGUACCUCUGAAGGAAAAGAAUUACGCACAUUUCAGUGGCCUUAACAGAAAAGUGUUUUAGCUUGCUUCCUUUAAGUGAAGGAUCAAAAACAGUUCCUCACUUUCAUAGAGAUAUCGGGGGAAACUGAACUUGACAGGAAAGACGGUUACUUAAUAUACUGUUGGUCCGUUUCAAGAGUCUUUCCGGGUGCAGACAAUCUGUCUGCCCCCGCUUCAGUGCUGUAAGACUACUGUAUGAUGAGAUAGCUGGCAGUUGAGGAAUGUUCAUUUAAGGUUGAAUGUGAAAAACAAAGACGUCACUGUUUUCACGUCACCGAAACCCACUAAUUUUUGCACUACAGAAAGUGUGGUUUCAAGCAUUCCCCUCACAAACGGCACUGCCCCCUCCCCUCCCUUCACACCUUGUGACGUCCACAGACUCUAGCUGGUGUUUAUGAAGAGUAGCUUGAAAAGCUGAAUUUCAUUCGGUGUUUGAUUCCUCUACAGCUCGGCCUGACGGCGACACGGCCCAGCGGAAGUUGGCCUGUGGCGUUGACGGUUUGUUAAAAGCUGAACAGAGAUCAAAUACCAGACCAGCUGCGUCCUGCGCACUGUCGCAGCAUAGGACAUACAAAAUAUCUUGUGUGAAAGUACAAGAGCGUUGUGUCCUUUGUUAGGUGUCUGUGAGUAUCUACAAGGCACCGAAACUAAGUAACUACAUUUAGAGUGUGGCUUACUUGAAUAUAAUGUGACGUGUCGGGGAAACGUUCGGAGUGGGAGAGUAUUUAUGGGGUUUCAUCUGUGAGUUUAACACAUUAGUCACUUUCACGCUCAUGACUGUGUGCGUGUAUGUGUUUGUGCAACUGCAGUCGUGUGUUUGUGUGUGCCUGCAUGUAUAAUAAAUAUCUACUCCAGAUUUCCCUCCUCUAAUUAUAAAACUAGCAAGACUGAGUGUAGAGAAGCUCCCCUGCGACACCGGGAGCCUUCGCUCCCACUCUCCUGCCAGUCCUUCCUUCCAGUGGCUUCCAUCUGACCUGAUAACAUGCACUUUUGUGGCCUUUUAGGGGCUUGUGCUUUGCAUUUUAUUGUGUGGACAGUUUUAACUUGUACAUUGUAAAAGAAGGAAAAAAAGUAUUGCUGUAUAUCGAAAUGGUAUUUUGCGCAACUGUUCUUAUAGCAGAUAUAUUUUACAGUUUAGAGUUGUCAGUAGCUGUGAAGGAUGUCCAAAUGUGUUUAUAUAAUAUAGAUACUGUAUAUUCAUAUUAUAUAUAGUGUGUUUUUUUAGGUCCAUGUAUGAUUUUCAUUUUUGUGCAAUUUAACCUUGUUUUGACAUGGACUUCUGACAUGAAUAUUGACAUUGUGUGAUUUUUUUUUUUCUUUUCUUCCUGCACUUGCAUGUUGCUGUGAGCUGCCAUUCAAAACAUUUGCUUGUACAGGGAACCUGAGAAAAGCUGCAGCACAAAAACGUCUCGUCUACGGAUGUGCUGCAGUGUUGAUUAGUUAUUUUACAGCGUUCAUUAAAAGUGUUCCAUUUCGCAACGUUAGGAUGUUUCUGUAACGUGUUUACAAAGUUCUAUAGUGUCUGACAAGAGUAUUUUGGGGUCUCAUAGCAACAUGUUUGAAUAUCCAAUUGGAAGUGUUUUAAUUUGAGAGUUCAAAAACUGGAAUGUGUGCAGGGUACCUCAGCUCAGAGUGGAUUGUUACUGAAUAGAGUUGUGGGCAUGGGACAGUAAAUGUACAAUUCAAGCUAUCUCUAAAACGUUUGAUAAUCAUUUUUACAAAUCGAUAUCAUAUACCUGAUAAUGGCGUUCCUUGAUUACGAUUGGCUCUUUGAAGUUAUCUCAUGUUCUAAAAUCCCUGUAAACCGCCGCCUUAUGGGACGAAUCAGCAUGUUAUGUAAAAUCCUGUCUCAGUGCACACUCAAUCUUCAAUGGAUAAUUUGAAAAUUCCCACCUUUCAUGUUUUAAAAUAUUUAUUUUACCAGUUACAGAAAACACGAUGUUCUUGAACACUCAUUUUCCCUCCUCCUUGCAGUAUUAUGUCGGAGGCAAACCGAGGUGCUGUAACUCGUAAUAGUUAUUGAUUUCCAGUCUCCGGUGACUUGUUGCAACUCCUGAGUUGAUGUUGGUGCUUGAGAAAAAUUGCUGACUCACUUUAAUGUCCACGCUUUGCUAUAAAACACUAAUGGCUUUUUAUGUCUUCAGCUUUAUCGCAGUAACACUUGAGGCCAAACUACCAAAAUGUGACAUGAACAGACAACUGGACAUUUCAUUUAUUUUUAUUUUUUCGUUUUAACCUAAUUUCAGUGUCUGUAUGCAACGCUGUCUCUUCAGGCUGUAGACAGGAUGCCGCCUAAUGCAGGGUCGAAUGAAACCUGGAAGAUUUGUUUUUGCCAGCUCAGUUGUUGAUGUGUUUUUGUUUGUUUGUUUUCAAAGACAAAAGUAAAUAAAAUCCAUUUUCAACUAUA